AUGAAAAGUACUUAUUUAAUCAAAGAUGUUAUACAUGAAAAGAAUUAAGAGAGAUAAUUAUAAUUUCAUAAGAAUAAGCUCAAGGAAAUCCUUUCAUAAGUACUAUUUAAAAUUUAUACUUCUAGCCUUUGCAAUUGAAAUCUGACCGCAUUAUGUAAACAUUGAAGCAUAAACAUGAGUAAAUGAAACUGACAAAACAAUUUCAUAUUCAGGAAUAAAAUAUAGAAAAAUCUAGAAUUGAUAAACAUUUGAUGUUAAAGUUAUUAAAUAACAACAAUAAGUCAAUAAACAAUGCAUAAUCAACAACUCGUUCUAUUAAUAGAAGCUUUAGGGUGAAUAUGCACUUGAAUACAAUAAAUAAUCAAAAUAAAAGCCUGGCGAUUAGAAUUCACACUCUUCCGUCAGUCAUCAAUUCUUAAAAGCACUAUUUAGAUUAUUAGAACCAUAAAUCUGAUCUUAAAAAUAUGUAGAAAUUUCAUUAAUCAAAAAUGCAAUUAAAUUUAGAUGCAAUAUCUUAUUAAUUAUAAAGUGUCUUAGGCAAAGGAUUCGAAGGUUCUAGGUAUUAAAACUUGAAUUUUCUGAAGGAGGUUGGAAUGCAAAACAAAUUCCUAUUCAUAAUUCCAUUGUAAUUGAGAUUGUUUUCAAAGACUGGGAACAAUAAAAACAAUCCACCUUAUUUUUAAAUUAAGGCGUUUAAUGAAUAAAAACAAUUGGGAGAAUCAAAGGUGCUGGCAAUUAAUGAUUUUCUAGGUUCUUUAACUGGAUUUGCAGUUUCUUAGGACACAUUUACAAUUCAAUUUAAUCUUUUUAAAAUUAAACAAAAUGAAGAUGUAUAUAAAAAUAAAAAUUUGAUUAGAUCGAGUUGGGUCAUUUUCUGUUCAGCGAAUCAGGUUCAUCAAUAAAUACGAAGCAAUUAAGAGAUAAUAUAUAAGUGUAAAUAAAUGAUCCUAUAGAAUGCUACUUAAGAAAGGAGAUCAACAAUGAGUAAGUUUGUAUGGGACUGUUUGAAUACUAGAUAAUUUAAUUUUGUUAUUGUGUAAAUUAGAUGUAUUUUUCGAUUGAUUUACUAGUCCAUAAAAACUGAAUGAUAAAUAAGAAUACUAAAUAAAGGUUUUAUAAGCAUC